GCAUGCUCUGCAUGACAGGAUUCCCACCUCCAAAAAUGGCCUCAUGCUCAAAAAUGGCUGAACCAUGUACUGAGGAUAGUAAUCUCGCCACGCGAGACUACGAGGCUAAUGAGAUUACAUCUACUGCCUCCAUUCUGAGUGGAAGAACCUUAAACAUUGAAGAUCUUAGUGAGGUGGUUAGAUUACUUGAAAAGCACAACUGUAGCAAGAAAUCCUAUCAUGGGCUUGGCCUUUCUCUUAAACUGUCUUACAAUGCACUGGGAAUCAUUGAGGGACAGUAUACCGAAAUUGAUCGACGUUUUACUGAAUGCUUGGCUCUCUGGCUGCGUAGUGCUGAGAAGCCAACAAUACAAGAAUUGAUAACUGCUCUAAGGGAAACAGAUAAUGCUGUAGCAAAUGCUAUAUCGAAUGCUGUAGCUGAUGGUGUUAAAGAAAUUAUUCCAAUGUCUGAAUCUGAAUCCUUGUCAAAUCUCAGCAAACCUAUAGUCACACCGUCUACAUUAGAGGUCAAUCAAGGUACAAAACAUGUAACAUAA